ACUUCCUCAUUCGCGAUGUUUUGACGGAAUAUCCUUCUACAAAUAACAUUGCUGGAUCAUCCUUCAUGUAAAUAAAUACCGUCACAUUAAAGCUCUGGGCAUUUGGCUUCGGUCACAUUCUCUUCAUGAAUUCCUCGGACAGUGAAGAGGACUCUUACAACGAGAGGUCCGCUCUGGUCCAGUCCGAAAGCCCAACGAUCCCCUCGUACAACCAAGAUCAUGAUAUGUCUCUGCCGGAGGAAACAGACACUAAACGACGGCGGCCGGUCAGCUCAGGCUUGGACGAGCCCGUGCCAGUGCCAGUGGAGAGAGAGAGAGUGGCCACUCCUGAUGGAGAGGAAGAGGAGCUGACCCUUAAAUAUGGCGCUAAGCAUGUCAUCAUGCUCUUCAUCCCCGUCACGCUCUGCAUGGUGGUCGUCGUGGCAACAAUCAAGUCCGUCAGUUUCUACACGGAGAAGAGCGGACAGCGGCUCAUCUACACUCCGUUCGAAGAGGAUCCGAACUCUGUAGGUCAGAGGCUCCUGAACUCGUUCCUCAACACCAUCGUCAUGAUCAGUGUCAUUGUCUUCAUGACGAUAAUACUGGUGGUGCUCUACAAGUAUCGCUGCUAUAAAUUUAUUCAAGGCUGGCUGAUUCUGUCUUCACUGAUGUUGCUCUUCUGGUUCAGCUUCAUGUAUCUGGGAGAGGUGUUCAAAACAUAUAAUGUCGCCAUGGACUACCCAACGUUAGUGAUGAUCAUCUGGAACUUUGGCGUUGUGGGAAUGAUCUGCAUCCACUGGAAAGGGCCGUUACGGCUCCAGCAGGCGUACCUCAUCGUCAUCAGCGCCCUCAUGGCUCUCAUCUUCAUCAAAUACCUGCCCGAAUGGUCGGCAUGGGUCAUUCUGGGAGCCAUCUCCAUAUAUGAUCUGAUAGCGGUGCUGUGUCCGAAAGGCCCGCUGAGGAUGCUGGUUGAGACCGCUCAAGAAAGAAACGAGCCAAUUUUCCCUGCGCUCAUCUAUUCAUCUGCCAUGGUUUGGAUGGUUGGAAUGGCUGAUGCUGGUAAUCCAGCUGAUGAAAGGCAGCGUGGCGAGGGCGGAGCCAGGGCGCAGGAAGGGGUGGAGUCAGAGGACGAUGUGGUUCAGGGAGGGAGCCGGAGGUAUUCGGCAGAAGAGGACCUCGAGGAAGACCGAGGGAUAAAGCUGGGUCUCGGAGACUUCAUCUUCUACAGUGUCCUGGUGGGAAAGGCGGCGGCCACCGGAGGAGACUGGAACACCACACUGGCCUGUUUCGUGGCCAUUCUCAUCGGACUGUGCCUGACGCUCCUCCUGCUGGCCAUUUUCAAGAAGGCUCUCCCGGCUCUUCCCAUCUCCAUCACCUUCGGCCUGGUCUUCUACUUCUCCACGGACAAUCUGGUCCGCCCCUUCAUGGACAGCCUGGCCGCCCACCAGUACUACAUCUGACAGAAACCCACUGAUACGUGAAGGACUUUAU